AUGCCAGGCGACGUGCACGCGUCGUCAUCGAACCAAAGACCGAGCGCGAGUCUCCACUCGCGCGCUUCUUCAUCCGCGCCGCGCGAGAGAGACCGCGCGCGCGAGCAAACGCUCCCGAACAUCGCCGAGCACGCGAGGUUCGACGCUCGAACGCUCACUCGAGGCGAAAUUCUCGCGCGAACGAUUCACGCCGAGCCAAAGCUCAAGGAUGGGUCGUCGUACGAGGGUAAGCGACCGGUGUACGCGGUGGACGACUCGCUCGCGGCGCGUCUCGUGAAAUCCGGCGACGCGACGCCGAGAGAUUUACAGCGCAUGGCGUUCGACCUUCGAGGCCGACGAGAACGUCUCACGUUCUUGAGCGAUGAAACAUUACUCGUGGCGACCGUGGAAGGGGAGAAUUUUGCGUGUUUCAGGUACGUCCUGGACGAGGGCGAGUUUGACGCCGAGACGCUUCGGCGAUGCGCGGAUUUGUGCGCGCGCAGCGGGCACUGGCAUUUCGCUCGAUAUCUCAUGGAUCGACACGACGUCUUCUUCGACGAUACGACGUACAGAUCGGCGAUCGAUGGGAAUCAAUCAGGAUUCGCGUUGGAACUCGUGCGUCAUCAGGUGGAAUUCGGGAAGAGGACGUUCGCGGUGCUCGUGGACUUUUUUACCGACGCGUGGAGAUCCAGACAGUCAUCGAACGAGAUAUCGCUGGAAUGCGUGCGAAAAAUGCGAGCGUACUUCACUAAAAACUUAUCUCACCUCGUUGAUGAGGGCUACGACGAUUUCGAAGACGAAAUAAACGUCGACGUUCCCUUUGAUUCCGGGUACGACGGCGCGUGGAAAGAAGACGCGAGCGCGGAGGAAGUUUGGGGUGAUUUGAUGCGACAAGAGAAAGAUUUGGAAGAGUUGUACGCGGCGAACGGACGAGUGCACGAUUGGUGCCAAGCGCGAAAGAUGCUUCGUCAGAGGUUCGCAGAGGACGUCGAGGCGAUGAAUAGGAGAUGGAGUUGA